UAUUGCCCGCCUACCUGAUAAGCUGUUUAACUGUUUAAUGGACGAGUUGAUUAUCGGGAAAUGAGUCAGUCGCCACAAGAUAAUUAAGCUUUGAAGUGUGCCAACUUGGCUUACAAUGUUGUGACCAGUUUGAUACUUUAGGACAUAUCUUUAAAUGAGCGCUCAGGGAAUAACAUCCAUCUCAAAAUAGACUAACACAUAAUUGAGAAAUGCGUGCCUAAAACUUCACGGAAAUUAAUACCUGAAAUGAAGCGCUACACUAUACUACAUGUAGAUCCAUUUUGAAUACCUGAUGUCAUACGCCUUCAUCUAUGAAACUCCACCCAGAAGAGUCUGUUGAUGUUGCCAUGGCAACAAAGUGUUCUAGCAGUGUCUCCAUGGUAACAGAACACAUGGCACACAAGCGGACACAUAGGACCCACAAGGAGCAUAGACAUGAUUAUAGCCACCAUCGUAAAAGUGCGGUUGAGCUGUUGGAGGCAUCGAAGGGAGAGUAUGUAAAGAGUCGUCAGGUGCUGCGUAACAGACAGGAACUCAAACAUCCGGAAAACCUCUCUGUUGGUACCAGAGAGUUGAUAACAGUCCCUGCUGGAGCUACUCCACCAGACGAAUCUGACGCCAGACAACCCACUGUGGACAGCCACAUUAGCAAUUCCCCUCCCUUGAUCCGCCAGUCCCCGCCUACUGCUGACCAAGAUUCUGGUACCAGUAGAAACUCUCCACCACUGUCAACGAAAUCCCCAUCAUCAAGCCGAAAGUCUUCGGCUGCUAGUAUCUCCGGAUCACCUUCUCAAUCCAGCAUUGCAGUCGCUGGUUUAUCUCAACAUGAGGGUACUAAUGCAAUAGCGGGUAGCUUCAUUAAACCAAAGAGUCCGCCUCAGAAACCACCUCGUCGUCACCUUGUGGACAAGGAAGACGAGAAGCCCGCUGUUCCUGCCAAGCCUGUUGUACCGCCCAAGCCUGGGGCUGCUGUGAGACAGACCACACCCCCGAAACCCGGCCCCAAACCUACUGUGACACAGUGUCAGUUUGGUAAGCCGUGUCCACCUCCUAGAGCAGGUCGUCAGAUAAGCAACUCUUCCUCUGUGCCUUCUGACAACUCGGACCACACAAGCAGCAUGGCGUCCAGUCAAGCUCCUAGUGACACAGAUCAUCGGAGAUUCUCAUCCAUGUCAGUUGGUGGUGCUACUGCUAAUUCUGAAACCAGCGGAGGGAGCCAUGUUCGCGAGUCUCGGCACAGUGUCAGUUCACACAAUGACUUGUUUUUAAAGCCUUUUAGUGUAAAUAACUUGAGCGCCUCAGUCGGGGUGCUGGUGGAGAGGCACAAAUCUCCACUUCCAAAGCCGCGGAAACUGGAUAAACAAAUUAAUGAAGUAGAGUUGCCACCGAGGCGACAACUUCACAGGUCCCAGUCGGACCUUAGUAGCUGUCGACAUUCCCGGACAAGUUCUGACUUUUCCGAUCUGAGCUCGCGUGUUUCACGGACUAGCACAGAGGUUGAAAGAUUCUUUAACGAGAUGGGAAUAGAUAGAACAGUGCUGGAACCUAUGAGACGCCUUUCAGACACUAAACAGAAGGAUUGUCUCGACAGUCUUAGUUCCCUGGACUCCCUCGAUGGACACAGUAUGUCUAGUCAAAUGUCCACUGAUCGUCUGCCAAUGGAGAGCGAGCAGGACUUGAGUGAACGAGACGUGGGAUCAACGUCCGUGGUCGAGAGGAACGCAAGGAUUAUAAAAUGGUUGUGCAAUGUUAAAAAGGCUAAAAAUGUUCACACUAAACCUGUAAAAAAGGUUGAAAAGCCAAUAGAACCUGCAAGUUGAUUGGAAUGCAUUUUACCGUGUAAUAAAUUGUUAUAAAUAAUGUGCUUCUAAUUAUGCUUUUUAAUCUGCAACUGUACAUUUAGUUUGUUAAUCAGUACUUCUGUAAAGCCUUGUUAUAUUUCAAACUGCAAAUUUAUGUUAUUGAAAUAUAGUUCUUGCAAAUGUUUAAGCAAAAAAAUCAAGUUAACAAUAGCCCUGAUUGUGAUAUUUAUUUUAUACUUUAUUUUAGCUUGAUUGUGAUAUAAUCUGAUAGCUUAUUGAAACACUCUUGAGUCCGUUUUCUGGGCAGAUACCAGUACUAUGUCCUUUUUGAAAGGCAAUGAGAAAGUACCCCUGUUAGGGAUCUGAUCGAACCCACAACCUCUUGGAUGAGAUAUUUGAAGUAUAAAAUGUAGUUAAAAGAACUGUGAUAAUGUUGUUUAUCUUUGUGAGGCUGAUUUAAUGAGCAAUCCAUUUUCCUAGGGAAUGCAGUAAUCAAAUCAAACGAUGAAAUUACAAGUGCCUUCAAGUUACCAGUGACAAUGCGAUCAUGUCUAGUAAGGGCCAUAACUCUUGAUAAUAUAAUUAUUGAAUUAUACCCCUUGAUUGACUGAAGAAAACAACAGCCAAGCAUUAUCAACCACUUGUGGUGCUCUUGUUAGGCCUAAAGGGAUUUACUCACAGGUUUUACGUUGGCAAUGAGUUUUUAAAACUAUUGAAAUUGAGUUAUUUUACCUACUUUGAUGCACAAACACGAAUCAGCAAAUGGCAGUUAUUCAUUUGGACAAACUUUUGUAAAUCCAAGCCUGAAAGGACUCGAUUUUUAUUAGAGUUACAAACUCUUUUUGGCAAAAUAGAGCAUACUCUGUCACAUUUGUAAUGGAGCUGUUAUUUGAGCUGGCUUAUGCUGAUAUUUUAUCAUUGCAAAAAGUUUUUUUUCAUAUUUGACCUGAAAUUUGUUUUUAAUUUCCAACCCUGUAAAACAUGAACUAGUCCUAUUAAUAUAAAGGUCUGUUAUUGCAUAGUUUGUAGAAUUACAUUUCUGGGCCAUAUACUUCCUGAAAUUCCAACUUAAAAAGUAUUAUUACAUGUACGGUAAUUCGCUAUUGAUGUUUGUGUUGGAUGUGAUAUGCUUUGCCUUUGAAUUAUACCGUUACAUGUUACAUCAUAUAUAAUUGUUUAUAGUUUGCCUUAGGGGUGCAAGCUAUUGAAUGUUGACAUUGAAAGUAAAAAAAAUAUAUUGUAUAUCAACAUUGCUUUCGAUAUUACAUGUUUUUGAGGACAUAGAUUGUCGAAUAAUUCUUCAUUUUGUUUUACAAAUAAACAGACAAUUUGCUAGCAAUAUAAGUGUAAAAAUAGCUGUGUUAUCUUUUGUAUAUGUACAUAAUGAGUUUAUUGUUAAUGAGUAAAUUUUACUAAUACUUAUGCAAUAAUCAAAAUAUCAAAUGGUUUCUUGCAAUAAACUGGAUUAUGUAGAAAGUGUCAAU